GGGGGGGGAGGGGGAGUCAGCCAGUGAGCGUGCCGAGCGAGGGAGUAAGGGCAGAGUGAAAGGGUGAGAUAAGAAGAGAGAGCAGCAUCUCUUGAGCACAUUCAGCUCACAGCAGCUCAGGAGGCAGGACGGCAGAGCAGAGGGGGGAGAGCACCUGCACCUCACCAAAGGGGGCGACACCACACCUCUCUGUCUCUCUCUUUCUCGGACACACACUCUCACGCGUCACACACACACGCAUUAGUGAGGAGGCGUGAGGCUCAGGAGGAGGAACAUCACAUACACGCACGCUGUUUUGCUGGCUUAGCUGCGCUUUGGAGAGCUGUCUGUUGAAGACUGGACCAGAGCUGUAUCCAUCGCUUCAUCCAUCCUUUUCCUUCCUUCCUGCUUUCCAUUUCUCCAACUCUGGAGCAGCUCUCCGUCACGCACUCCUCGAUCAUUUGGAGCGAUUUGUUCUCUGUCAUUCAUCUAACCUCUGAUCAGUGUGUCUCCCUGUGCAGCCACCUCUGCUUUUAGUUCAUUCAAGAAGAAAUCAAGAGACACACUUGGAGGGCAACUAACCGACCGACCUUUCAACCGCAAUCAUGAACUUCCUCCGACGCCGUCUCUCCGACAGCAGCUUCAUGUCCAACCUGCCCAAUGGCUACAUGACAGACCUCCAGAGGCCUGACCCACCUGCUCCUCCUCCCCCAACUGCCACCUCUCCUUCCCAGCAAGGUGCACCCCCAGCUACGGCGCCCGCCCCUGCCCUGUCGCCGACCAAAGCUCCAGCGCCAGCCCAGGCACCCACCAGCUCCCCCGCAGCACAGGAGCGGCGUCUGAACCAGCCGGCUCAACAGCCUCAACAGGCCCAGUCCACCUCCUCCUCUGGCGGCUCCUCUGGCUUCUUCAGCUCCUUCAGCUCCAUCACCAUCGUGGUCAAACAGACGGCUGCGUCCGCCGCCGGGUUCGUGGAGCAGUCGGCUCCCUCUCCGUCGCUCUCUAAGAAGUUCAAGAUCCUGUUGGUCAUUGAUGAGCCCCAGCAUGAGUGGGCUAAAGUGUUUCGGGGAAAGAAGGUCCUUGGAGACUACGACAUCAAAGUGGAGCAGGCUGAGUUCUCAGAGGUCAACCUCGUUGCACAUUCAAAUGGAACCUGUAACGUGGACAUGCAGGUCAUGAGGAGCGGGACCAAAGUGGUCAGUUCUUUCAGGCCCGACUUCGUCUUGGUGCGCCAGCACGCCUUCAGCAUGGCCCAGAAUGAGGACUUUAGGAACUUGAUCAUCGGCCUGCAGUAUGCUGGCAUCCCCUCAGUCAACUCUCUGGACUCCAUCUAUAACCUCUGCGACAAACCCUGGGCUUUCUCCCAGCUGAUCAAUAAUCAGAAGCGGCUGGGUUCAGAUAAGAUUCCUCUCAUUGAUCAGACUUUCUACCCCAACUACAAAGACAUGAUUACAACACCGAGUUUCCCAGUAGUGGUGAAGAUUGGGCACGCCCACUCUGGAAUGGGAAAGGUCAAAGUGGACAACGUGAGUGACUUCCAGGACAUUGCCAGUGUGGUAGCCAUCACUCAGACCUACUGCACCACAGAGCCAUUUGUAGAUGCCAAGUACGACAUCAGGGUCCAGAAGAUUGGUGCCGACUACAAAGCAUACAUGCGAACAUCCAUCUCUGGUAAUUGGAAGAGCAACACUGGAUCUGCCAUGUUGGAACAAGUAGCCAUGACUGACAAGUUUAAGCUGUGGGUUGAUACCUGCUCAGAGAUCUUCGGAGGUUUGGAUAUCUGUGCCGUCAAAGCCAUCUGUGGCAAGGAUGGUAAUGACUACAUUACUGAGGUUGUGGGUUCAUCUAUGCAGCUGAUUGGUGAUCACCAGGCCGAGGACCGCCAGCUCAUUUCUGAGGUGGUGUUGGCUAAGAUGAAUCAAGCACUGGCUACCAGGUCAUCCAGUGCUUCACGUUCACCUGCUCGCUCCCCUCAAGGACAGAAGCCAACUACUGUGCAGCCCCAACAGAGUGCUGCUCUUAAGGAAGGACUGGCAGAUCCAAACAGGACCUCGGGCCAGCGCCCUCAGCCUCAAGGUGCACCAGUGAAAUCACAGAGUGUGGAUACAUCAUCAGAGACAGCUAAGAGGGCAUCUGAACCAGUACCAAAGCCCAGCCAGGCCCAGAAACCUAGUCCUGGUCCAGCUCAGAAAUCAGCUCAGGCUCAGAAGGUCCCGGUCCAGAGGGCCACCUCAGUCACAAAGCCUCCAGUGCCGAGGCCUCCCCCAAUGACGAGAGCCCCAUCCGUUGCAAAGUCAGUCCCAGAUUCCACCCCAGCCCCAGCCAAAGCUUCACCAUCAUCCCCAGCUAAAGCAGCAGCAGCAGCCGCAGCAGCUCCAGGCUCUCCCCCGACCAAAGCAGCAGCAGCAGCAGCCACAGCUCCAGCCUCAUCUCCAGCCUCGGCUCCAGCCCCAGGCUCUCCCGCAGCCACAGCUCCUACCACAGAGCAGCCCAAGCCCCAGCCUCAGGGCUCCCCAUCCCCAGCCCCUGGCAAACCAAAAGAGCUGCCCCCAAAACCCACACCACCUGCAAAGCCCAUCCCUCCUGUACGCAGGAAUUCAAAGCCGCAGCUCCAGCCAAAGCCACAAACCCCGCCGCCUCCCAAAGCUUCACCUAAACCCCAGCCCGCUGCCCAAGCCCCAGCACCCACUCAGGCCGCAGAUAUUGCCUCAGCCCCUGCCCCUGCACAGGUCCAGUCCCCAGCCAAAGCCAGCCAAUCCCCACCUAGUGUCCAGUCUCCAGCUAAGGCUCAGCCCCAGGCCAAGCCGCCCUCUCCCUCCCAAAACCCUGAGCCUGUCCCAGAUGAAGCAGCUGCGGCCCCCGCUGAGGGAGAGGCCCCUGUGGAAGAACAGCCAGGAACCCAGCAAAAGACCCAUCCUCUGCUGAAUAAGUCCCAGUCCUUGACCAAUGCCUUCAACGCCUUCAGCGACUCCUCUUUCUUCCGCGGGGUCUCGAGCUCCGGAGGUGACGGCCAAGACGAGGCAAAGGCCGAGACCAUUCGCAACCUCCGAAAGUCCUUCGCCAGCCUUUUUUCUGACUAGCCACAGCCGAACCGUAGUCAGCCCCCUUAUUGAUUCUGGCCCCUUCCUUUUACCGUUGGCCAGUGAUGACUUGAUUGACAUUAAAUGUGAACCAGUCUGAGAUUAAACUUUGUGUGUUAACUGUACUGUAUUCCCUCCGUCCCCGGUCCCUCUUCUCCUCCACUUUCAGCUUCUCUGUGUGAAUAACAGUGAGGCCUGCUGGGUAGGAUGUUCAGUGAGUGAUGCUGUGCCAGAGUAAUUGGACUGAAGGAGUUACGUCAUUGAUAGAGAAUAGAAUAGAAUAACAAAAUAUUUAUUUUUCCCAGAGCACACUUUAAGAAACUCGUUCUGAAGUAUAUAAAAAAAGUAUAUUCAAGAUUACAGAAUGUACAAAUAUAUAUAUAAUAUAUUUAUAUAUAUAUACAGUAUAUAAAUAUAAACACAGAUAACUAUAAAGGGAGAUAAGCCAAUGAUUAAAAAAAUCCAGUAGCAUUUUUCAAUCGUUGUCAGUGACAUAACUCUUUCAUUCAGAGGCUGGAUUCAUACACGUUUGAAAAAAAAAUAUCAGAUAUGUGAUGUUUGAUGGUGUCCCCUACAGUGAGUCAGUCAGUAAGUGAAAGUAUGCAAGUUUAAAAAAAAAAAAAAAGGAUGUGUUUGUGUAAAUCCAGCCGUUGUGUCUCUGGUCCUUGACUACGGACUUCUGGGCUCGUCAUCACCGGCCUCCUUUUUUGUCUACAAGCCUUGAAGUUCAUUGUCGUGUGAGGGAGUCAGAAAUCUGUGUAUGUUCAUCUGUGUUCAAUUCUUAUGCAUGGCUCCUCCAAGUGGCUCGGUGUGAAUUUUGGAGCAGAAGGGAGCUCUAUUAGUGUUGAGUUUUGCCCUCCGUUGCCUCUCUCUUUCUCUUUCUCUCUCUAUCUCUCUCUCUAGAUGUUGUAGCCUUAUUGUGAACAUGUUUUCAAUCCACAGCUAUGUUCGUUAGCUGUGCAGACCUGGGUCGAUUACAACUCGAAAUUCAUUCAUUUAUUUCAAGUGUUUAAAUGAGUUAACAAGUGAGGGUGAGAUUUAUUGCAGCUGUUGCUGGGAGCUUUGGGACUGGGCCCAGUGCUCCAGAGCGAAUAAAUCAAUCCUAAAAACUAACUGAAUGCAUUUCAAAGAGUAACAAGACUCAUGUCUGUAGCUGUGACUGGUGAUUUCUUGUUCCACCUCUGUGUAGAUCUAUCAACAGUAUUGUAAUUUGUUGAUUAUUCUCAUGAAAAGACAUUGAGACAGUAGUGCAAUAACACCUCGACAUGACUGUUGAGCGCUGUCAUUAUGAAUAUAAAUAUGAUCAUACAUACAGGACCUGUGUAUCUGUUAAAUACCUUACUCUUACAUUCCCUUUAAGAUUCCUUUCAGUCGCGACUCUCCAGGUUGCUUUUCACUGCAGUCAGAUGCUGGGUUUCAGAUUAAUACGCCAUAUCAAACUGCUGGUUUCUGUGAUCAAUCCUGUUUGUGGGACUGACUGUAAAGCAACCUGGAAUUAAUCCUGUACCUUAAUUAAUCAGUUGAUUUGCUGCAUUUUACAGAGCCACUAAAGUCCCAGAAAGUAAACAAUUUUUUUUAUCCUGUGCACACAAGUUAUUUAUCUUGUGGGAACAAGUUCAUUACCUUGUGGGAACAACUUAUUUAUCUUGUGUGCACAAGUUAUUAUCUUAUGAGAACCAGUUAUCAUCUUGCAUUCACAAGAUGUUGACUUGUUCCCAAAAGAUAAAUAAUUUGUGUGCACAACAUAAAUAAGUUGUUCCCACAUAAUAAUUAUCUUGUGCGCACAAGGUAUUAUCUUGUGUUGACAAGUUAUUAUCUUAUGGGAACAAGUUACUAUUUUGCAGGCACAAGAUGCUGACUUGUUCCCACAAGAUAAAUAUUUUGUUUACACAAGAUAUAUAAGUUGUUCCCACAAAACAAUUAUCUUGUGCACACAAGUUAUGUUAUGGGAACAAGUUAUCUUGCACACGAGAGAUGAUUACUUGUUCCCACAAGAUAAAUAAGUUCCCAUAAGAUAAUUAACUUGUUCCCAAAAGGUAAACAAGUUCCCACAUGAUGAGUAAUUUGUUCCCACGAUGUAAAUAUAACGUGCACAUAAGAUAAAUAAGUUCCAACAUGGCAAUCAACUUGUUCCCUUAAGAUAAAUAAGUUCCCACAUGAUGAUUAACUUGUUCCUAUGAGGUAAAUAAGUUCUCACAUGGUAAUUUACUUGCUCCUUCAAGAUAAAUAAGUUCCCAUAAAAUAAUUAACUUGUUCCCAAGAGAUAAUUUACUUGUUCCCACAGGGUAAAUAAGUUCCCACAAAAUAAUUAACUUGUUCCCAAGAGAUAAUUAACUUGUUCCCAUGAGGUAAAUAAGUUCCCACAAAAUAAUUAGCUUGUUCCCACAGGGUAAAUAAGUUCCCACAUGACUUACCUGCAAGGUAAGUAAGUCCUCACAAGAUAAUUAACUUGUUCCUACAAGGUAAAUGUGUUUUCACAUGAUAAUUAACUAAUUCCGACUGGGUAAAUAAUUUGUGCACACAAGAUAUAUAAGUUCCCACAUGAUAAUUAACUUCUCCCAGCGUGAUAAUUAAUCAGUUGCCAUGAGAUAAGUAACUUGUGCACACAAGACAGUUAAUUUGUUCCCACAAGAGAACUUGGGCGCACAAGUCGAUUAUAAUUGAGAUAAAUAAAAAUUCACCUUUCGGGACUUUGGGGGCUCCGUAGAAUUUCGAGUUCAUAUGUGUAAAAAAAAUCUGAACAUUUAAGAAGUGCAUAUCAACCUCUCUGCUUAUCCAUUUCCAGUACUAUGUUGCGAGUAAAUUAUAACAUAUUGUAUUUGUAUGUAUGUAUGUGUCAUCUCUCAGGAGUUUAUUUUUUGUAAUAUAUUGAUUGAUUGAUUUUUUUUUUUUUUUUUUUUUUUUGAGGCUCCAUAUUUAUGGUACAGUAUAUAUUGUUUGUUUUGUAUUGUGUUUUUAUCUGUAACGCAAUACUGCUUUGCAUGAUCUGGUGACUGAUGAUGGGUUUUUUUUCUGUACAGAUAAAAGUUAAUAAAGAUGUGGUUCCAUCAUUCCACUGAUUCACUAAGUAA